AUGUCGGAUGUCAGCGCUGCACAACAUGACAAGGCACCCUCUACACGGUGGGAUGGCAAAAAUCUGACUCUGGCUCCCCUACUCGUGCUUGACCGCAUUGAACCUUCUUCCAAUCGUUUCGCUUUCCUAAGCAUCCUUGCCACAUUCUCCAUUCUUUCCAUCCUCCCCUCCCCCGAGCUCGCCAUCCAUGCCGACUUACGCGCUGGCCAGCACAUCGGCGAGCAGUAUACCUUUCAUCAGCGUCUAUCCGACGCUAAGCGACCGCGCCGCGAGUGGUCAAGCCAAUUCCUCGCCGAGAACGCCUUCCGCCCCUGA